CCCUGCUUUUUCUCCUCUCUCUUUAUAGACUUCAGUAGAUGGCAGUCGAAACUCUACACCUCGCCAAGGAGGGCUUCACAGCCGCCGCCGACGACGACCAGCUGCCGUCUCCUUCGCCUGCAAAGGAGGCCCAUUUUAGAGGUGUACGCAAGCGUCCCUGGGGCCGAUUUGCAGCGGAGAUUAGAGAUCCAUGGAAGAAGACGAGGAAGUGGCUAGGCACCUUCGACACCGCCGAGGAAGCCGCUAGAGCCUACGACGACGCUGCCAGGAGUCUCCGGGGACCCAAGGCCAAGACGAAUUUCUCCCCUGUACGUUCGCUGCCGGUGGUUUCUGGCUUCGGAGACCGCGUGAACCUGUGGCGCGCGGCUUACGUGGCUCCGGACGGACGGACAGUGUGCUUUCCCGGCACUGCAGGAGGUCCGGCGGAGAUUGCUGCGGGGUUUUCGGGGUAUAAAUACGACGCAGUUGCGGUGUUGGUGCGGAGUGAGGUGGAGGACAAGAAGAAGAAGAAGCCGCUGCCGUUCGAUCUGAAUCUCCCGCCAUCCCUGUUAUGAUGAUAGGCUUCUGAUUUUUUGAAAAAGUUAGGAUCUUCGCGAAAAAGUUAACCUUUUUGUAUUCCUACUUCGUUUUCGUUUUCA